AUGUCUCAGCCUCACUCCUCUAAACCUACCAGCACUAUUUUCAGUUCAGUUCCUUCACCACAGUGGACUCUUCUCUUUCUUCUUUUCCUCUACAUUGUCGGUUUCAACACUCUCCACCUCCCAAACUCUACAGCUGCCCUUUCAAAUGUCCGAAAUGCCCUCCGCUUCCGCAACAUUUACCUCUCCUUCACCACCAAUUCCACUGUCUCCGCCUAUCUGCGGGCCCUCACCCUCCACCCUCACCUCGCUGGCACCCACCCCGCCCUCCAGACUGCCCGCUUCGUCCACACCCACUUCGCCGACCUAGGGCUUCGGACCCACACAGUUGAUGAUAGAGCUCUUCUCUCUUAUCCUUUGCAGUCCUCGCUCUCGGCACAUUUUAGUGAUGAGAGCUCUAGGGAGCUGCCGUUGGUGGAGCCGGGUGGGGCCAGGGCGGAGGUGGUGCGACCGUAACAUUCCUACUCGCCGUCGGGGGCAUAGGCGGUGUAUGUGAAUCUGGGGAGGGAGGAGGACUACCGUGCCCUGAGGAGGGUCGGGGUGGAUGUUAUGGGGUGUGUGGCGGUGGUGAGAAGGCGGGAGGAGUCAAGGGGAGGGGUGGUGGGGAGGGCAGUGGAGGAGGGGGUGGUGGUGGUAUUAAUGUACACGAAGGGGGAGAGUAUGAGUGGGGUGGAGAGAGGGACGGUGAUGAAAGUCUUGGGGGACCCACUAACUCUCGGGUGGGGUGGUGAGGCUUUGGACUUGGAGGACUCUCAUAUUUUGAACAGAUUUCCCAAAAUUCCAUCUAUGCCCAUUUCACCUGAAGUUGCUUACUCCAUUUUGAGGUCCCUUGAGGGCCCUCAAAUGCCCCACCACUGGAGAGGUGAUGCCCUAGGUCCCCAACCCGGUCCGACUCUUUUGAACUUCACGUACCAGGCGGAGAAAAAGAUAGCUACCAUUCAUAAUGUUUUUGCUGUCAUAAGGGGAUCUGAAGAGCCUGAUUGCUAUGUCUUGCUUGGCAACCACAGAGAUGCAUGGACAUAUGAAGCUGUUGACCCCAAUAGUGGAACUGUAGUGCUACUUGACAUUGCUCGUAGAUAUGCUCUUAUGAUGCGUCAGGGGUGGCAACCUCGGAGGACAAUUGUUCUAUGCAGUUGGGAUGCAGAAGAGUUUGGGAUGAUAGGAUCUACUGAGUGGGUCGAACAAAACCUUUUGAAUCUGGGUUCUAAAGUUGUAGCAUACCUUAAUGUAGACUGUGCAGUUCAAGGACCAGGCUUCUUUGCUGGUGCAACGCCUCAGCUAGAUAAUCUUCUCAUUGAGGUUGCAAAGAAGGUCCAGGAUCCUGACUCAGAGAGCAUGACCAUAUAUGAUAACUGGAUGAUUACAAAUAAAGUCAUCAAUAUUCAGAGGCUAAGUGGAGUGGAUUCUGAUUUUGCUCCACUUUUGCAACAUGCAGGGGUUCCUUCUGUUGAUUUAUACUAUGGAAGAGUUUUUCCAGUCUAUCACACUGCUUUUGACUCCUAUAACUGGAUGACAAACCAUGGGGAUCCAUUGUUUCAACGUCAUGUGGCUGGUUAGCUUCUUUUCCUUCUA